UUCGGCACUCGUGUCCUGCGCGGUCACAGUCUGAAGGGGCGCGCCCAGACCUCCGCCCUGGCGACCCCCAGGAGUAACCAGCCGGAGCAGACAGGCUCCGGGGGGCGGACUAGCUUCCAGGAGCUGGGCGGCAUCCCCGCCCCGCGCCCCUUUGUGAUGCCGCUUGCGGGCCCCAUGCUGUCCACCGGGGGCCAGUACGCCAUGAAGAAGAGGAAAAAAGCCGUGCCCAAGAGUCCUAGGCCACAACCUCCAGAGGGUGCUAAGUCCAACCCUUCUAAACAACACCGGGACCGCCUCAAUCAAGAGCUAGGCAAACUCAGCAGCUUGCUGCCCUUCCUGGAGGAUGUGCGAGCCCAACUUGACAAGCUCUCCGUCCUCAGGCUGAUCGUGGGCUACCUGAAGGUGAAGAGCUACUUCACAGCCACCCUAAAGGACGGCAGUGUGGACUACUCUGCUGACCCAUCCAUGAACCCCAGAAGACAGCACCCUUUUGCACAGGUCCAUGGAGAAUUGUUUUCUGAAGGAGACUUGCUUCUUCAGGCCCUCGACGGCUUCCUCGUGGCGGUCACGGAAGACGGCUAUGUUUUCUAUGUCUCUCCCACGGUCCAGGACUACCUGGGGUUCCAUCAGUCAGACGUCAUCUAUCAGAGCGUGUUUGAGCUGAUCCACAAGGAGGACAGAGCCAUGUUCCAGAGCCAGUUCCUUUGGCCUCCAGACACCACUCCCAUCAGCAGAGCAGAGCAGCAGGACACCCACUCUCUACCUGGGAAGAAGUUUUGUCCACUUGGUGGCACCUCAAGUGACAGCCUGCAGCAUCUGUCCUUGGAGGAACCCUCUUACCUUGAGAGAAGCUUUGUCUGUCGGUUCCGCUGCCUGCUGGACAAUUCUUCUGGGUUUCUGGAGUUGAAUUUCCAUGGCCAUCUUAAAUUCCUCCCUGGGAAGAACAAUAGCUCAGAAGAUGGCAUCCCCACAUCUUCUCAACUCACCCUGUUUGCUGUGGCAACACCUCGCCAGCCAUUCACCAUCCUGGAGCUCCAAAACAAAGAUGUAUUUUUCCAAACAAAACACAAAUUGGACUUCACACCUAUAGCCUGUGAUUCUAGAGGCAAGGUGGUCCUGGGCUACACCGACAGCGAACUCUGCAGACAGGGAUCCGGCUACCAGUUCAUCGCGGCCGAUGCCAUGUACUGCGCCGAGAAUCACGCGCGCAUGAUGCGAACAGGUGAGAGCGGGCUCACGGUGUUCCGGCUGCUCACCAAGCGGGCCGGCUGGCUGUGGGUGCAGUCCAAUGCCCACUUGGUGUUCCGUGGCGGCCGACCCGAAUGCAUCGUCGCGCGACAGCGGGCCCUGACGGAUGUAGAGGGGGAGGAUCACCUGCGUAAGCGAGCGCUGCAGGGGCCGUUCACCUUCACCACAGGGGAGGCCAUCCUGUAUGAGAGCAGCCUCCCCAGCCCCCUGACUGCCCUCCCAGCCAGGAAGAGGACCAGGGCAAGGAAGGGCCCCCCCACUGACCAGGGCUCCGUGUGCACAGGCUCUCUCCUUGGAGCUACGAGGCAGCAAGAUGAAUCUGAGUACUUGUCCUGCCUGGCCCCAAUCUCUCAAGGCUCAGCUUUGGAGAGGUGGGGGUCUCAUGACAAAUGUGAGGACAACCAGGAGAAAGAGGAAGAGAAGGGAGACCACUCCCUGCUGACCCUCAUCGAGCACCUGCUGGAGAAAGACGUGGAAGAGCAGCUCGACCUCUGCUCCACCCUACAGCAUCUGGGUGUCACGGACCUUGACCAGAGUCUGUGGGGAAAGAACCUUCUGAGGGCAGACUCAGACACUGCAGGAUCUCAGACCUGCUGCCUGCUGCCUCCCAGCCAGGAAAGGGGCCCCCACAGCAAGGAGGAGGCACUUUUUCAUGGCAGCGGCAGUGUGGGCUCGCCCCUAGCAGCCAGCACAGCUGCUCCACAGACAGCGAAGCCACAGUCCUCUCUGGACGCAGGCCAGCCAGCCAUGGCGGCAACUCCACCUCAGAACAGAGGCGCAGUGCCUAGCUACGUUCACGCGCACACCCAGCAUUGUCUCACCUCCAGCUCCACACUCUGGAGCCCUCCAUGGUGGCAGCCUUGGCACAGCCAGGUGGCCCCUCUCGGUUUGGGAAUGUUCGAGAAACCAACACCAUUUGACCUUGUCUCACUGCCUGAGGCCUCCAGCCCGAGCCAGUCAGCCCAGCUGUUCCAGUCAAACUGCGCACUUUCACUCCCUUUAGGACAAAAUGUCCCUGGACACCUGGCUCAACCAGGCCUUGGGAGUCUGGAUUUUUGCAAAGAAUCCUUUCCCUGGACACUGUCACAGAGUAGUCAGUGCCAGGGGCCCCUGAAUGCCUCAGACUCCACAUCUUUUGCCAAUCCAUGUGGCACCCAUUCCUUGGGCAGCAUUUGGGAUUCUCGUGUCCAGGGCCAGCCAGUAGUGGUCCCUGUGGAAGUGGGGGCAGAGCAGGGAGCAGGAGAGGCCCAGCCUGACCCCUUCAGUCCCCUGUGGUUUACCACAGCUGAUCCUUGCCUUCAGUGGGGAGGGCCAGCCAGUGGCAUUCCUCCCAGCUUGUGCACGAGUCAGCCCCUAGUGACACAUGGGGCACUUGGUCCACCACAGGAUACACCUGGGAGUCAGGAGCAGCCACCCCAUUUCCUGACAGGGAGCCAGCUCUCAGGGCGCCCUGCCUGUCCUCCCCAGGCACUUCUGCAUGGACCCUUGGCUACCCAGGGCUCUUACAGGGCAGACCUAGGCCCAGUCACCAGGCAGCAUCAGUGGGUGCAAAUGGGGCUGCAGACCCAGGAACACUGCGGGCAAGUGAGAGAAGGAGCACCAGGAGCCCAGCACCUGGGCGGCCACCUGAAAGAUGCCUGUCCCCAGGCCCUGCAGCUAAGCCCCUUCCUGUCCUUGGAGAGCAGCCCCCCAGGCACAGGAAGAAGCCAAGGCAACAGCCCGGCUGAGCCCACAAGGCAGAGCAAUGACAGACUGGCCAUCCCAGCACCAAGUGCUGUGGGCCAACACCAGAUGCAGUCCAGUCCAGUCCUGCCUCCCUGCCCUCCUGAUCCAGCCUGGCCACCCCCUCCAUGCAUAGCAGCCACAGCCCGCAGUCCCAGAUAGGUAUUGCAUUCGGAGCCCCAGGGACCUACGGGCAAAUCUGGACAGCAGGGGAGGCGAUUGGGCUGGCCAAGUGGGGCCUGGGCACGGGGCUGCUGUGAGGCUCCAGUGCAGGGACACGUGAAGGGACAUUGCAAACAUAAGCCAUCACCGUCCGCGUUGGUCAGUGAGGCAUGUGGUGGCAGGAACAGCUGGACCCCCGAAGAACCCUAAUUAUAAGCCUGAGCUCUCCAGCUGCCUUCCCUUCACUCCGUGGUGUCUCCUGGACCAUCACUGAGCCCAGCUUUGGACACCCAGAGUUUGAGUUGAUCGUGAGUAUUUUGAAUUCAGUGCCCACUUUUGCUCUGCUCUCACCUCCUGGCACCACUUCCUGUGCCCACGAGAGGUUACCACAGGAGCACUGCCCACUUACCUAAUACUCCACACGCUCUGAUCGUCACAUAACUGUCACUUAACACCCUUAAAUGCAGCUUUGGGUGCAAGUCACACUGUGUGACCUUUCUGCCUCCCACAGGGGAGCGAGUACUCAGGUUUUCCAUGAUACCAUGAUACCCUCGGGGCUAAGGUUGCCCCGUGGAGCUGCACUUGGUACUCCCUCACCCCGCUACCCCCCACUCUCUUCUGGGUUUUCUGCGCCUUUUUCAUGUCACACAGCCAGCCCUCACUUCUGCAGCUCUCAGGCUCCCAUGUCUCAGGAGCCCUGUGCUCACACCCCUUUCCCUCUGUCAUAGGUUAGAAAGUCAGAAGAUUCGUUUCUUAUAUGAUAUUAUACAUGUUUUAAUGCCAUUCUCCCAAAUCAUCCCCCCCCCCCACCUCCACCAGUCCA